AUGGAUCUCAAGGUGCUCUGUGCACUCUCCAUCGCGCUCAUCAUAGCCCUCAGCACCCUGGCAGAGGGAAUUGCACCUCCAACAAAAUGCCAGUGUAAAGUGGUUCCCAGGGAGAGGACAAACUGUGGCUACCCGGGGAUCUCAGCAGCAGAGUGCAAGAAAAUUGGGUGCUGCUUCAACGCCUCAGUCCCCAGCGUCCCCUGGUGCUACAAUCCUAAACCAAAGAAAGUGAAGAAAGUGUGUCCCAACGAUCCCUACACCAGGAUAAACUGUGGCUACCCGGGCAUCAAGCCCAGGGAGUGCACAAGGAAGGGCUGCUGCUUCAGGGCACACCCCGCCGGUGUCCCCUGGUGCUUCUACCACCGCGUCGUAGAGGAAGGAGAAACUUCCAUCGAGAACUUUGCAACCUUUGGAUCUACUCCAAUGGAACGACAGACGGAGGUCCCAAGCUAG